GUUCGGACCCGCGCCUGCGACCCGCGCCUGCGACGCCCGGGCCGCCUGCGGGUAUGGACAGCGCGGCCAGCGCCGCCUUCGCCCUGGACAAGCCAGCGCUGGGCCCGGGGCCGCCGCCGCCCGCGCUGGGGCCCGGCGACUGCGCCCAAGCGCGCAAGAACUUCACGGUGAGCCACCUCCUGGACCUGGAGGAGGUGGCGGCGGCCGGGCGGCUGGCGGCGCGCCCUGGGGCCAGGGCCGAGGCGCGGGAGGGCGCGGCGCGGGAGCCGUCCGGGGGCAGCAGCGGCAGCGAGGCGGCGCCGCAGGACGGCGAGUGCCGCAGCCCAGGGCGCGGCAGCGCCGCCAAGCGGAAGAAGAAACAGCGGCGGAACCGCACCACUUUCAACAGCAGCCAGCUGCAGGCGCUGGAGCGCGUGUUCGAGCGCACGCACUACCCCGACGCCUUCGUGCGGGAGGAGCUUGCCCGGCGGGUCAACCUCAGCGAGGCGCGCGUCCAGGUCUGGUUCCAGAACCGCCGUGCAAAAUUCCGCCGGAAUGAACGGGCCAUGCUGGCCAACCGCUCUGCCUCGCUCCUCAAGUCCUACAGCCAGGAGGCCACCAUCGAGCAGCCCGUGGCUCCCCGGCCCACCACCCUGAGUCCAGACUAUCUCUCCUGGACAGCCUCGUCCCCCUAUAGCACAGUGCCGCCCUACAGCCCUGGGGGCUCGGGCCCCGCGACCCCAGGAGUCAACAUGGCCAACAGCAUUGCCAGCCUCCGUCUCAAGGCCAAGGAGUUCAGCCUGCACCACAGCCAGGUGCCCACAGUGAACUGACGGCCAGCCCCGCCAGGACCCAGCCGCCACCUUUGUCUGACGAUGGAGAAGAAGGCAGACACCCAGGAAAGUGAUCUUCUCCUGUCCCUUAUAUCUGGGACAGGCUGGUUGGGCUGUCCUGGCCCCUCUCUCCAGCCCGGACUCCUGGCCCUGAGAGGCUGCUGAGGCACCCGGAGACCGGCUUAGCUCCUCUGCCCACAGCUGCCUGCAAAUGACCGUUGGAGGGACUGCGCUGGACGACAGAGGAGGAGCUCGCCAAGGACCUCAUUUACUUUGUGUAUU